AGAGUGGACGCGGCUAGGCUUAAAUCUUCUGACGUGUUUUGCGCAUUUCCUGAACUGGCGCUCGGGAGCAGGGAGGGAGAGAGCAGGGAGGAAGGCUGCAGGAAACCAGUGCACUACAAACCAUUACAAACCAUAAAGCUGUAAUAGUGUCCUUUUCAACCCAACAAAGACAAGCAGCAGCUCAAUUUAUCGGCGAGUGGAUGACAGUAGUCUCGAGCAGACUGAGAAUGAGGAUUCCCAAACGCCUCUCCCACAUAGCGCCUGCUGGGAAACGAAAACGAGAAGACUGAGGACCAUCACGUUUUGGAUAUUUUCCUCCGUGUUAUUGCCUAUACGUUGGGGUUGUAACUCAAUCGCACAGUAUUUCCUUAUCAACCGAGCCCUGUUCCAGACGUUGGGAAUUUCGCGUGUUUACGUAUGGUUCCCAUCAGAAAGACGGUAAACAAAAACAGGAUCACUGAAACGUCUGCUUUUACCAUAUCGCUUUUUGAACGCUUUAAUACUUUGCUCAAAUGAAUAAUUCAAGUUGAUACGCUUGGUUUUAGACUCAAAUCUCAUCUAGUGAUCGGGGAUUAAGUCAUCAGCAUCCGUCUAUACAUGCAUGUAUGCAUAUUGAUGGCGUGAUGGCAUCGACGGGUCUAACGACGCCCUGAAUUGUAAUCAGCAUUUAAACCCGUUUGAUUUUGCAAAGAAAGCCAGCUGCGUUGCACUUCAUCGUCAUCAUGGUGGUUUUUAAUGGAGUGCUGAAGAUCAAGGUUUGUGAGGCUCUAAACCUGAAGCCCACACCUUGGUCACUCCGGCACGCCGUCGGACCCAAAACCCAAACCUUUCUACUGGACACGUACAUCGCACUUAACGUGGAUGAUUCCCGCGUGGGCCAAACUUCAACCAAGCAAAAGACCAACAGUCCAGCCUGGCAUGAUGAGUUCGUCACUGAGGUGUAUGAUGGCAAGAAAAUUGAAUUGUCGGUCUUUCAUGAUGCGCCAAUUGGCUAUGAUGACUUUGUAGCCAACUGCACUAUUCAGUUUGAAGACCUGCUGCAGAAUGGAAGUAGACACUUUGAAGAUUGGAUUGACCUGGAACCAGAGGGCAAAGUUUACGUCAUCAUUGAUCUGUCAGGAUCCUCCAGUGAAGCUGCGACAUCUAAUGAAAAUGAAGAGAGAGUCUUUCGAGAGCGGAUGCGGCCGCGGAAACGGCAGGGGGCGGUCCGGAGGCGUGUCCAUCAGGUUAACGGACACAAGUUCAUGGCCACUUAUCUGAGACAACCCACCUACUGCUCCCAUUGCAGGGAUUUCAUAUGGGGUGUGUUGGGGAAACAGGGUUAUCAGUGUCAGGUGUGUACCUGUGUGGUUCAUAAGAGAUGCCACGAACUCAUUAUAACAAAAUGUGCUGGCUUGAAGAAACAGGAAGACACUCCUGAAGAGGUCGGCUCCCAACGUUUCAGUGUAAACAUUCCCCACAUGUUCAGCAUUCACAAUUACAAAGUCCCCACCUUCUGCGACCACUGCGGCUCUUUACUUUGGGGACUGAUGCGGCAGGGACUGCAAUGCAAAGCUUGUAAAAUGAAUGUCCACCGGCGCUGUGAAAGUAAUGUAGCUCCUAGCUGUGGCGUUGAUGCCAGAAAAAUUGCUAAAGUGCUGUCUGAUCUCGGAGUGACGCCAGACAAGAUCUCCAACAGUACACAACGCAGGAAAAAGCUGACCCCAGGACAGGACCCUCAACAACCAAUAUCAGAAGCCCUCUCAACAGAGGAUUUGGACCGCUGCAAAUCUGCUCCAACUUCACCAUGCGACCAAGAGCUGUCAGAACUGGAGAGCAUUCGUAAGGCUUUGUCAUUUGGCCAGGAGCACAAGUCUUCCUCAUCUUCCUCCGGCAUUCAAAGCGCUGCUAUCGAGGGCCAGGAGAAUGGAGAUGUGAAGACUAUCCAGACGAAGAGGAUGACUCUGGCAAACUUCUCCUUUAUCAAAGUGCUGGGAAAAGGCAGCUUCGGCAAGGUAAUGCUGGCAGAGCUGAAGGGUACAGAUGAAGUCUACGCUGUGAAGGUGCUGAAGAAAGACGUCAUCUUGCAAGAUGAUGAUGUGGACUGCACUUUGACUGAGAAACGAAUUCUUGCCCUUGCAAGAAAGCAUCCCUAUCUCACCCAACUGUUUUGCUGCUUCCAGACAAAGGAUCGGUUGUUCUUUGUUAUGGAGUAUGUGAAUGGAGGAGACCUGAUGUUUCAGAUCCAACGCUCGCGGAAGUUUGAUGAAGCUCGAUCUCGCUUUUACGCAGCCGAAGUGACAUCAGCUCUAAUGUUCCUGCAUCAACACGGUGUCAUAUACAGAGACCUGAAGCUGGAUAACAUUCUGUUAGAUGCUGAGGGCCACUGUAAACUUGCUGACUUUGGCAUGUGCAAGGAGGGCAUUCUGAAUGGGGUCACAACCACCACUUUCUGUGGGACCCCUGACUACAUUGCACCUGAGAUCCUGCAGGAGUUGGAGUACGGACCUUCGGUGGAUUGGUGGGCUCUGGGCGUGCUAAUGUACGAGAUGAUGGCUGGCCAGCCGCCAUUUGAAGCUGACAAUGAAGAUGACCUGUUUGAAUCCAUCCUACAUGACGAUGUGCUUUAUCCCGUGUGGCUCAGUAAAGAGGCAGUCAGCAUUCUGAAAGCCUUUAUGACAAAGAGCCCAAGUAAGCGACUGGGCUGUGUGGUGACCCAGGGGUUGGAGGAGGCAAUCAAAGUCCACCCCUUCUUCAGAGAGAUCGACUGGGUCCUGCUGGAGCAGAGGAAAAUCAAACCGCCGUUUAAACCCCGUAUUAAAACCAAGCGUGAUGUGAAUAACUUCGAUCAGGACUUCACCCGCGAAGACCCCGUGCUCACGCCGGUGGACGAUGCCAUCAUCAAACAAAUCAACCAGGAUGAAUUCAAGGGAUUUUCCUACUUUGGAGAAGAAACCAUGUCUUAAAGCCCCACCUGGCACCGUUCAGUUCUAUUCCAAAACGUCAAUUGUACCUGUAGACACUCAGAAACCCAAGUCAUUACGCAAUACAUGAACACACACUCAAAUCAGAACAGGAGGCCCAGAUAUCGGUUCUCCUUUACUGCUGUCUUCAUCUUUCUUCUCUGUAUCUUUAAAAAAACAACAACAUGAUUCUCAUUACAGUGGAUUUAACGCAAGGCCUCUAAAGUAACAUCACCUCUCCGUUUCAAAAAGCUAAAUCAAUCAGAUAAGAAUGUUCUCCAAGACCCCGGAAGGGUCGGCACACACUACCUUAAACCAAAUUGACGAUACGGAUGAUUGUACUGCCGCGUGAAUACUGGUCGGGCUGUCGUUCCCCCUGAUGGAUGGAAGUGUCAGAGGUUGUGCCCUUGGGGAAGAAAUAUACACUGCAUACAUGACAAAGAGACAUGUUGUGCUAUGCAGUCAAAUGCCUUUUUGUGUAUUCAGAUGACAUUUUGGGAGCAAUUUUAUAAAAUAUACAAAGACAUUAAAAAAAUUUAAUUUGUAUUAUAUAAAUAUAUAUAUAUAUAUCUAUUCCAUCACAGUGUUAUGAAGGUCCAUUAGGAAUGAUAACCUGCUGUAUAUGGGUUGUGUUAUGAUGUGUCUGUUGGCCUGAGUAGGUGUGUGCAUGACGUGUAUGUGUGCAUGUGUUUGCAUGAAUGAGAGUCGGAGGUCUUGUCCUCUCAAUGCUCUAAAAUUUUCUUGUUGUUUUAUUGCUGUUUCGCAAUUAAUUUUCUUUUGCGCUUGACUGUAUAAAAAUUGCUGUUUGCGUGUAUGUGUGUGCGCGUGCGUGCGUGUGUCGUGCUCGCCGCUAUGCACAAGAAAGUGUAGUUGUGAAAGUCAGACCAGCACCCAUAGCUCAUAAGUCUUACCAAGAAGACUUAACAUGUACAUAGUAUUUGCUCCAAAGCCCGUGGAAGCUUUUUAGAGUAUAGGCAAUUGUUGCAUGGUCUUGCAAAUUGUGUUGUUACUGAGUAGCAUCAGUCUAUGUUUUGGAUAUCUAUGUGCAAUACCCUAAACACACUUUCCCUUUUCUUUUCGUAUUUUUAUUUCUUGAUGUCAAUGGUUUCUCUUUUAUGGGCUGAUAUUCCUGCUGGUCUUAAAGAGUGAAGAGUGUCCUAUAGGUUAGGGCUUCACCAAAGGCUUUCUCUCUCAUGCUGUCUCUGUUGCAACUCUGUAUGCCACUCUCAUGUACAUAGUUUGCUGAAGUACAUAAGCUGUGGAAUGUAGUGGAACAAUGUGUGAGAUAUAACUUAUAAUUUAUUCAAUAUACAUGUAGCUAUACUUCCCUUGUGUCAAUAGGUCAAUCAUUUCCCAGUGUCUUUUGAGUUAUUGUAUUUCAGGAAAUGAAGCCUCAGUAGAAUCUGUUUUGUUUUUCAAAACAAGGUAUUUCUUCUUGUGAAGUCCUUGUACUGUAGUUUAGAGAUUUAUUUGUAAAAUGUGAAACACUAGAGGUAAACUACAAGAAAAGGGUACAUUUCAGGCGUACUAAUUAAACCUUCUGGAAUGUGAUGACUUUUGUUUUAGCAAUUCAGUGUCAAUUUGAAAAAUUUGUGUUUAAAAAAAAAGUGUUUUUAAUUUUUCUCCCUGACUGACUUUAAAUGUUUAUUGCUGUUUAAAGUUUAUUUUUGUUUUGUUUGAAGUUUUACCAUUUUGUUGCUUUUUUAUGUGUCUGUAGGUAGAUUUGGUAUAGGUCAAUGUUUCUAUGAAGCCUUGUCUCCUGCAGGCAUCUGUCUCAGUCUCAGCACCAUGCCAAAUGUCUUGUCAUCAGUUCUUCAGCUUUAUUUUUCCCUUUUGUUUCCUUUUGAAUUGUAAAGGAAUGGACUUGAUAUAUAGGAAACAUCCACGGUCUGUCUACAAAGUCAUAAAGUAAAUAAACUGAACUAUGAAUUACCUCUUAAAUUAAGUGCAAGGUUUCUCUGGCUGAAUAUUGAAUAUUUGCGCAUACAGUAUUGAAGUACAUAAAUGUUUCAUAUGUAUUAUAGUGCUGUAUUAUAUACAUCUGGUGUUGGACUUUAGUUUCUGUACGGUGAAGCUUUAUGUGCACAGAGGUAUUUCGUUCAUGGAUACAUUAGCGUUAUCCCAUUGUAAGCAUUUUACUAUGUGCCAAAUGUACUGUCAUCUAAAGGAUGUGAAUGUUUUGUUUAUCCUAUUAAAUCCCAAGGUGUAUAAAAAUGAA